AUGGCGUCUCUAUGUGGAAGAUUAGUGCAGAACGCUGCCUUGCGGAAUAUUACCUGCACUCCGGUGCGAUUCUGGAAAAUUAUGAACGGUCCGAUCGAGCACGGUCUUGAGAAGGGCAAACUUUUGGCCAGACAGGCCGGCGAUAAUGACCCGUUCGAUUUGCGCGUGUUCAAGCGUGGCCCGGGAACCAAGGAGAGCCCCAACAUGAUUCCUUCGGCUUUCGAGUCCCGUCUAUCCCGACAGUAUGGAAAUGUCUGUGAGAAGCAUCAGACCUACAUUCAGGGAUGUGGCUGCACUAAGCGUUGCGAUUGUGGACACUGGUUCAAGCUGGUUGAAAAGGCUCUCUAA